ACGACACACUUUCGGAUUUACAGAACAAAAGCAACAACGGACCGAGGGGGCCAUUAACAAAAGAGAAGAUUGGGAUAUUUUGUUUUCACUUUACCAAACUCCAGAGUGAAGGGGUGAAGUACACGAUUCCGGUGUUUCUGCUGUGCCUCACUGCCUCUGUCAGGGGGGGUCAAACUUGAUUCUGAGGACUGACGACUUGAAGGGAAACAAGGACGACGGAACAAAGCCAGUGCUGGAAAGGACUGGAGUGACGGGCGGUGACCUCACCGAUGGCAACACAGGUUGACCGUAACAGGAGACUAGGACUGGAGGUAAACAUGAAGGAGUCAUCCCAGUGUGAUGUCACAUGGACAGAGAAUGAAGGCAAGCAUGCCUCCCUGCAUUUCUCCAAGACUUCACACUAUCAGAUCACCAAUGGAAAGAGCAAUCUAUCCUCUGACCCCAGUGCAACAGACAGUGAUGUAAGUGAGGGCAGAGAUGGGGGUGUUAGUUUCAGCACCAAUCAUAACUCUGUGGUGUGCCUACCUUUGGUCUCCGAGGGCCUGAAGCUAGUAUGGACACAGUCAGAUCAGACACGUGAGCUUGACACCAUCCCAGAGCUGGUCCAGGCAUUCAAUGUGUUCCCAUACCCAACAUCUCGUGAGGUGAAUGCCUUGGCACGGCUCUGUGCCCUGCCUCUGGACAAAGUCAAGGUCUGGUUCAUGGUGCAGAGAAUCAAAUAUGGUAUCAGCUGGGCCUCAGAGGAGAUUGAGGAGACGCGUCGCAAGUUGGCCGGACCUGAGCGGACUAACGACAAUGCAAAUGAGAAGGAGAUAAAAAUGAGCAAUGGGUGUGGGGCAAUAUCUGUGGAGGCAGAGGAUGAUGAUCAAAUUAAUAAUUGUCUUCACUCCUAUCUGCUUCACCCAAGAAAACGAGCCAGACAUGAGACCCCAGAACCCUGCAAACCAGCCGCCACUGUCCAACAUUUCAGUUCCUCUCUCCCACCCCCUCAGGAUUCAUACUACUACCGCCCUCCUGUGGACAUGCCAGCAACUACCGCAACUGAUGCUUCCCUGAGCCUCUCUGAGACCUCACUUGGCUCUCCACAGCAACAACAACGCGGACGCUACAAAAAGACCAAAGCCCAACUUGCAGUCCUUCGCAGCAGCUUCCUGCGGGAAAACUGGCCCGCAGAGACUGAGCUCCGACGCCUGCAAGAGGAAACCAGCCUGAGCCGCAAUGACAUCCGCAAGUGGUUCAGCGACAGCCGGUACCAGCUUAGAAAUGGGCGUGGACUGCUUGGAACAUCCAUUGUAUAUCCUCAGUUGACCACAGGAGAAGCAAAGAACGAGUCUCAGCAACUUCGACCUCUUCCACUCGUAUCACACAGGCCUCGGGAUCAAGAAAAUGGUGUUGAAAUGCAGGGAAGGGCUCAAGAGAAGGGAGCUCGCAGCAACGGGGUGAAAGAUUCACACUUCUUCCAGAACUUUCUGUCAAACAGCUUGGAGGCAUUUGGGGAGGGAGCAGUGGGAGUGGAGGCAGAGGAGGACGAGGUUGCGGAGGAAGCCUCAGUUCACACUGAAACUGUUAAGGAAGUGAACGAGGCGGUGGUGAAACAAGAAAAGCCUCUACACUUUAGGGGCAGUAAGAACCCAGAGAUUAAACAACCACCAUCAGCCGUUACCAUCUCCACUUCCCCUCCCCCCUCACAUUCUACCACCCCUUCAACUUUGACCGCUAAUAAGCGUAGUUCUACUAGCACAGUGCAGAGGUCUGCUCGCUCAGCCAAAGCCUCACUGACAGCCCUGUCUCUCUCCAGUCCUUCCUCAUCUCCUCUUCUUACACCCGCUGGCCGACCACGGAAGACCAAGGAACAACUGGACAUACUAAAGGAGCACUUCUUGCGUUGCCAGUGGCCUAAGAGUGAGGACUACACCCAGCUGGUAGAGCUCACAGGCUUGCCUCGUGCAGACGUCAGCCAGUGGUUUGGGGAUACGCGCUAUGCUGUUAAAAAUGGUCAGCUACGUUGGGUGCAGGGGGUCCGUGAGCAAUUCCGAGAGCAAUUCCUGGCUGAACUAGCCACACAGCAAAAUGGCAGUGGUGGAAACGGUUCCAGUGGAACUCCUCGGGUUACGGGUAGCCGCAAACGAAAGUCUCAAGUGAAUGGCGCAACAGCACCAACAUCCACUGCAGAUUCCUCGGACAUCAAUCCGCUGGAGGUUUACCAUCGCUCGACAGGGGUUCUUCAUGAGAAAGACCUAGAUGCCCUUUGCAAAAAGUCACGAAUGAGCUACCAGCAGGUGCGGGACUGGUUUGCAUCUCAGGAGAGCAAGGCAUUUGACCCAGAGGCCAAUGUUACUGAUUGAGAUGAGGAACUUGUGGAAUGGUAGGAGUUGGAAAAUAGCAGUUUUUUUUUUUGAGGACAAGACUAAUCAUGUUUUACCCAGAAUUUCUCCUAAAUUUGACAAACUUUUCAUAUUGAAUUACUUUGCUUUAAUGUGAGCGGGUGUGACUCUUAAAUGCUUAGUAUCAGCACAGAUUUUGCGACUGUGCUGAAUUAUUGCUGCACCCCCCCCCAUAAGUUUAGACUUUAAAUCCUGAUGGUGCUGCCUACUGUAGACAGGACAGUACAUAGUACACUGGUUCAACCCCCCCCCUCACCUAUUUUGUUUGUGCUGUAUCAUUUGUAGUCCAGUAUUGUAGCAACAUAUUAACUGGAUAAAAAGUAUGUAUUGGUUGGAGCUCCUUAGGUACUGUAGUUUAGUUCUGUAUUUUACAGAAGUGAAACUGCACUGGGAAAACCUAAACAUAUAAUAAUCACUUAAUGUAGAAAUCAUUCCUUUACAACCUACAUGUCCUUUUUACAACAACAAACUGGACAUCCACACGUAAUACUUCUGAAUAGACAGGUUGCACUUUAAUUUUUGAGCCCUAACAUUUUAGCUGUGAUAAUGUUUAUUAAAUGCAUUCCUUUUCAGAAAAAUUGAAUUCUUAUUAAAAUUGUUAUGCAGUUUGCACUGACCUGCAAUGUUCUAAAGUGAAGUUCAAUGUCCACGAAGACUACAAGUUCAAACCAUAUUUUGGAUAAACUGAAGAACUGCACUCUUUGGUCUGGUAUAAUCCUGUAUUUUUCACUCUGCUCACCUGUCUCAAUUUCUGUUUACCUGUGAAGGGCUGCAAUACAGGCUUAUUUUAUCGUU